CGCAGUCGGAAGCACGGCGCGGACCGCGGGCCACAGCUGGGGACGGUUGCCCCUCUUGCCCGCAGCGCUGACCCCGCAGUCGUCCUCCGCUGGGGCUCGGGCCGCCCUGGCCGGGGAUGGCGGCGGCGGCUGAGCCCGGGGCCCGCGCCUGGCUUGGCGGCGUCUCCCCGCGCCAGGGCAGCCCGACCUCCAGCCCGGAGCUGGGCGCCGGAAGCCGCUCGCGGUCGAGACCGGGGUCGGGUCCGGGGUCCGGGCCGGGGUCGGGGCCGGAGCGGGCGGGCGCUAGGCCCCUGGGCCCCGCCGCGCCGGGUCACAGCUUCAGGAAGGUGACGCUCACCAAGCCCACCUUCUGCCACCUCUGCUCCGAUUUCAUCUGGGGGCUGGCCGGCAUCCUGUGUGACGUCUGCAACUUCAUGUCCCACGAGAAGUGCCUGAAGCACGUGAAGACCCCGUGUACGAGCGUGGCACCCAGCCUGGUCCGCGUCCCGGUGGCCCACUGCUUCGGCCCCCGGGGGCUCUACAAGCGCAGGUUCUGCGCCGUGUGCCGAAAGGGCCUGGAGGCACCCGGGGUUCGCUGCGAAGUGUGUGAGCUGCACGUUCACCCCGACUGUGUGCCCUUCGCCUGCAGCGACUGCCGCCAGUGCCACCAGGACGGGCACCGAGACCACGACACGCAACUCCACCACUGGCGCGAGGGAAACCUGCCCUCGGGCGCGCGCUGCGAGGUCUGCCGAAAGGCUUGCGGCUCGUCCGACGUGCUGGCCGGCGUGCGCUGCGAGUGGUGCGGCGUCCAGGCCCUCUCCUGUACCAGGACUCCAGGCUCGAGCCCGUGCCCUCUCCCCCAGGCCCACUCGGUCUGCUCCGCGGCCCUCGCCCCCGAGUGCACUUUCGGGCGCCUGCGCACCAUGGUCCUGCCGCCGGCGUGCGUGCGCCUGCUGUCCCGCAACUUCAGCAAGAUGCACUGCUUUCGAAUCUCCGAGAGCACGGCCCCGGAGCCGGGGGAGGGAGACGACAGCGUGGACGGAGGCGCCCCCGCCGGCCCAGGGAGAGAGGCGAUGGCACUAGAGUCCAGCAAGCAGACUCUGAAGAUCUUUGACGGCAACGACGCGGUGCAGCGAAACCACUUUCGUGCCAUCACCGUCCCCCGCCUGGCCAAGAGUCAGGAGGUGCUGGAGGUGGCGCUGCGGGCCUACUACAUCACGGAGGACCCUCAGGGCUUCCAGCUGCAGGCGCUCCCUGCACGCGCUCUGGCUGGCAACACCAGGGCCUCGGGAAAGGUCUGGAGUGGUGGGACCACCGAGGAGGAAGGCAGUAGAGGCCCAGGGGCCCGAGACGUUCCCAGCAUCAUUCGCAUUCCCGAGGCCUGGAUUAUUCGCGCUCUGCCCCGCAGCCAGGAGGUCCUGAAGAUCUACCCUGCCUGGCUCAAGGUGGGUGUGGCCUACGUGUCCAUGCGUGUGACCCCGCAGAGCACUGCCCGGACUGUGGUGCUGGAGGCCCUCCCGCUGCUUGGACGCCAGGCCGAGGGGUUGAAGAGCUUCCAGCUGGUGGAGGUACUCAUGGGCAGCAGACAGGUCCAGCGCGUGGUGCUGGCGGACGAGGAGCCCUUGCUUGACCGGCUUCGUGAGAUCCGGCAGACGUCCCUGUGGCAGAUGAGCCAGACGCGGUUCUACGUGGCUGAGAGCAGAGUGGUGGCCCCGCGUGUCUCUCUGUUCGUGGGUGGUCUGCCCCCUGGCCGGUCCCCCCAGGAGUACAGCAGCCUGCUGGACGAGGCUGUGGCCAGCAAAGCUGGUCUGGUGUCCGUGAGCCACGUCUACUCCGCACAAGGUGCCGUGGUGCUGGACGUGGCCUGCUUUGCGGAGGCCGAGCGGCUCUACAUGCUGGUCAGGGACACAGCUGUGCACGGCCGGCCGCUGACCGCCCUAGUGCUCCCAGACGUGCUGCACCUGAAGCUGCCCCCGGACUGCUGCCCCCUGCUGGUGUUUGUGAACCCCAGAAGCGGAGGCCUCAAGGGCCGCGACCUGCUCUGCAGUUUCCGGAAGCUGCUCAACCCCCACCAGGUCUUUGAGCUGACCAACGGGGGGCCGCUGCCCGGGUUCCACGUGUUCUCCCAGGUGCCCUGCUUCCGGGUGCUGGUGUGCGGCGGGGACGGCACCGUGGGCUGGGUGCUCGCCGCCCUGGAGGAGCUGCGGCACCGCCUGGCCUGCCCAGAGCCCGCCGUGGCCAUCCUGCCCCUGGGCACAGGGAAUGACCUUGGCCGGGUCCUCCGCUGGGGGUCGGGCUACAGUGGAGAGGACCCGUUCUCCGUGCUGGUGUCGGUGGACGAGGCGGACGCCGUGCUUGUGGACCGCUGGACCAUCCUGCUGGACGCGCAUGAGGCCAGCGGUGGGGAGAACAGCGUGGCAGACGCAGAGCCCCCCAAGAUUGUGCACAUGAGUAACUACUGUGGGAUUGGCAUCGACGCGGAGCUAAGCCUGGACUUCCACCAGGCACGAGAGGAGGAGCCCGGCAAGUUCACGAGCAGGUUCCACAACAAGGGCGUGUACGUGCGGGUCGGGCUGCAGAAGAUCAGCCACCCUCGCGGCCUGCACAGGGCCCUCCGGCUGCAGGCGGAACGGCAGGAGGUGGAGCUGCCCAGCAUCGAGGGGCUCAUCUUCCUCAACAUCCCCAGCUGGGGCUCGGGGGCCGACCUGUGGGGCUCCGACAGCGACUCGAGAUUCGAGAAGCCGCGCAUGGAUGACGGGCUGCUGGAGGUGGUGGGGGUGACGGGCGUCGUGCACAUGGGUCAGGUCCAGGGUGGGCUGCGCUCCGGCAUCCGCAUCGCCCAGGGCUCCUACUUCCGCGUCACCCUCCUCAAGGCCACACCUGUGCAGGUGGACGGCGAGCCCUGGGUCCAGGCUCCCGGGCACAUGAUCAUCUCGGCCGCAGGCCCGAAGGUCCACAUGCUCAGGAGGGCCAAGCAGAAGCCCAGGAAGGCGGGGACCGCCAAGGACGUGCGAGCAGAUGGGGCGCCUGCCCCCGAUGGGGACUCCAAGUAGAGGCGGGUCCCGGAGCAGCGCUCGCUGGCGGAUGUCCUCGCCCACAGCCCCGACCUUGGGUGUUUCCCUCUUGUCCCGUCCCCGUGCCACACAGAAACUGCUGGGUGGGUAGUGGGCGCUUUCCCUCUGGCCUUCGUACCAGGGGUGGGUGGGCAC